AUCUCUGGUUGUCUUGUUUGCAGCAUUUUGAUGACCUAUGAUCACAUAGAAAUUUCCUUCAGCGAUAUUGAGCCUAUGCCAGAUGCCUUCAAAGGGACCAAGAAGGGGAGUGUUUUCCUGACUCCCUACCGAGUUAUCUUCGUCUCAAAGGGGAAGGAUGCUAUGCAGUCUUUCAUGAUGCCCUUUUAUUUGUUGAAAGAUUGUGAGAUUAAGCAGCCUGUCUUCGGAGCAAAUUAUAUCAAGGGUACAGUGAAAGCAGAGGCAGGAGGUGGCUGGGAAGGAUCUGCCACUUUCAAAAUGACCUUUUCAGCUGGGGGUGCUAUUGAAUUUGGACAGCGAAUGCUGCAAGUGGCAUCUCAAGCCUCCAGAGGUGAGGUGCCCAAUGGAGCGUAUGGCUACUCCUACAUGCCCAAUGGAUCCUAUGCUUUCCCACCUCCUGCAGCUAAUGGGGGCUAUCCUUAUCCACCACCUCCUCCUGAGUUUUAUCCUGGCCCCCCGAUGAUGGACAGAGACAUGGGUUACAUGCAGCUCCCACCCCCGCCGUACCCGGGGCCCAUGGAGCCUCCUGUUGUCAGUGCUCCAGACCUGCCUUCCACUCCGGCGGCUGAAGCGAAGGCUGCCGAAGCAGCUGCCAGUGCUUACUACAGCCCAGUCAACCCACAUAACGUCUAUAUGCCCACAGACCAGCCACCCCCUCCUCCAUACUUCCCACCAGAGGACAAGAAAAACCAAUAAGAUAA